GAUAUGGCUGGCGCAUUUGAGGUUCUUCUUUUUGGGGAUGAGACGGGCGAUUUUCGCGAGCCUUUAGACACGCUCUGUGAGCGUCGGAAGGGUGUUGUCUUUCUACAUUUCAUCCAGAGACUGCAUGAGGUUCUUCGCGAUGAGAUUCACAAGCAACCCCGUCAUGUGCGAAAUCAGAUUCCUCCUUUCACAGAUAUUCCAGAUCUCGUGAGGAGGUAUCGGGAGUCGGGCACUCGGAACCCGAUUCUCGAAUCUACUCUGACUUGCAUAUGUCAGUUAGCAAGUGUUAUGAGUUAUUUCGACGACCAUCCCUCUCAAUAUGUCGUCCCAUCCGAUACCGUGCUAGCAGGUCUAUGCACUGGCCUGUUAGCAGCUACCGCCGUAUCAGCAAGUCAAAGUCUUGUGGAUCUGGUACCGAUUGCAUUGGAGACUGUUCGAGUGGCGUUCCGAGUGGGCACAAAAGUCUACCAGGCCGCACAGAGGUUAUCAACGAUCAAAGAUGGGGACGCCAACCGGAGCUGGUCCACCCUCGUCAUUGGAGUACAGAAAGAGCUCGCGGUUUCUGAGCUCGAAAAGUUCAAUAAGACCAAGGCUCUUCCCAAGGCCAGCUAUGCAUACCUAAGCUCAGCGAGCAGAGAUACUGUUACCGUGAGCGGACCACCGGAAACCUUAAAAUCUUUGUUCAAAGAUUCCCCGAGCUUUACGAAUCGCAAGUUGAUCAAGCUUGAUAUCUUUGGACCCUUUCAUGCACCUCAUCUGUACGAUGACGCAGAUGUCGAUGAGAUGGUUGAACCUAUUUCUGACGCUACCAUCAAAUCGAUCCGGCCCCUGGUUGAAGUAGUCUCCGGCAACCCUAAAGUUGCUGCUCCUGAAUCAAAUUUCCUCCAGCUCAUGAGGGGAAUCGUGCGUGAGAUCUUGAUCGAGCCGCUGUCUUUUGAUGGGCUAUUGGCUGAGAUCGCUACCAAAGGGCGAGACUCCGACGAGAACAAAUGCCGGGUCACUUCCGUUGGUCCAUCAAAUGCUACGGGCAGUAUAGCCUCUGCGCUCAAAACGGUCAAAGGUCUAGACGUCCGUGUCGGCAAGCAGUUUGGAUCACUGGAAGCCUUUUCCAAAGCAACUGAAAACACCACGAAGAUUGCUAUCGUGGGAAUGUCUGGCCGUUUCCCUAGCGCUGAUACUAUUGACAAUUUCUGGAAUGUGCUAGAACAAGGACUGGAUCUCCAUCGACCAAUUCCUCCCGAUCGAUGGGAUGUUGACGCGCACACCGACCCAACAGGAAAGAAGAAAAAUACCGGGCACAGUCCCUAUGGCUGUUUUAUUGAAGAGCCUGGCCUUUUCGACCCAAAGUUCUUCAACAUGUCACCCCGUGAAGCCUACCAAACCGACCCGAUGCAAAGGCUAGGCAUUACUACAGCUUAUGAGGCGCUCGAAAUGUCUGGGUUCGUUCCUAACAGAACUCCUUCAUCGAUGUUGGCGCGUAUCGGAACCUUCUAUGGCCAAACCAGUGACGACUGGCGACAGGUCAACGCAGCGGAGAACAUCGACACUUACUAUAUCCCUGGAACCAUCAGAGCCUUUGCCUCUGGUCGCAUCAACUACCACUUCAAAUUUGGUGGACCAAGUUACUCUGUCGACACGGCAUGUUCUUCGAGUUUCGCGGCCAUUCAGCUCGCGUGCUCAGCUCUUCGCGCAAAAGAAUGUGAUACCGCGAUAGCUGGUGGCCUCAAUGUCAUGACUUCCCCUGAUCUAUACGCGGGGCUUAGUCGAGCACAGUUUCUAUCGAAGACAGGCUCAUGUAAAACUUUCGAUGACGGAGCGGACGGUUUCUGCCGUGGAGAUGGAGUUGGCGCUGUGGUCUUGAAAAGACUAGAGGAUGCUGAAGCCGAUAACGACCCUAUCCUAGCAGUGGUCUUGGGAACUGCAACGAAUCAUUCGGCCGAUGCUGUUUCAAUGACUCAACCGUACGCUCCAGCUCAAGAGUUCUUGUACAAGAAAAUCUUGAACGAUGCGGGAGUGGAUGCUCGCGAUGUCAGCUAUGUGGAAAUGCAUGGUACUGGCACGCAAAUCGGCGAUGGUACCGAGAUGAAAUCGAUUUCCAACGUUUUCGCUCCACGACACCAAGGACGAUCUGCUGAUCAAUUACUUCACCUCGGAGCUUUGAAAUCAAAUAUCGGCCACGGAGAAGCUUCAGCUGGUAUCGCAUCGCUAAUGAAAGUCUUAAUCAUGAUGCAGAGGAACGCUAUCCCGCCCCAUGUAGGCAUCAAAGGUGUUAUUAACCAUACCUUCCCGGCAGACAUAGAGGAAAGGGGAAUUCGUAUCGCGUUCAAACAGACCCCUUGGCUUCGCCCAACUGGUGGCAAAAGAUUGGCGUAUCUGAACAAUUUCGGCGCUUCAGGUGGCAAUACCGGCAUGCUUCUCGAAGACGCGCCCAUGCACGUUCCAGGGGAGCCCGACCCUAGAGGGUCUUUCGCCAUUGCUGUCACAGCACGAUCAGCAUCGUCGUUGAAGAACAACAUCCAGAAUUUGAUCGAUUAUAUUGAUCAAAGACCAGAUGUAUCGUUGCCGAGUCUCUCAUAUACUUUGGCUGCGAGAAGGAUACACCAUCAGUUCCGCAUCUCGUUCGGGGCAUCCAAUCUUGCCGAAGUUAGGAAAGGUCUAGUCUCAGCUCAAAACCAAACUGUCAAAGCCCUUUCGAACAAACCCCCCAGUAUGAUGUUCCUCUUUACUGGUCAAGGAUCUCACUAUCCUUCGCUCGGCAAAGAAUUAUUCGAGGAUUCAGAUCAAUUCCGCGCUGAUAUUCUGGAUUUUGAUCGAAUCGGUCGGCACCAAGGUUUCCCAUCCAUCCUCCCUCUGAUCGACGGGUCCAUCUCCGAUAUGGCAUCACUUCCGCCGGUCAUUGUGCAACUCGGGCUGACCUGCAUUCAAAUGGCUUUGGCACGGUUAUGGAAAUCUUGGGGAAUUGUACCAAGCGCUGUCGUUGGCCACAGUCUUGGACAGUAUGCGGCAUUGAACGUCGCAGGCGUUCUUUCCGUGAGCGAUACCAUCUUCCUUGUUGGUCGGAGAGCAGAACUGCUCGAAGAGAAAUGUACCAUUGGGACGCACGCAAUGUUGGCCAUAGGCGCAUCCGUUGAUUCUGUUCAAGAGCUCCUGGAUGGCGAGGAUUUGGAAAUUGCUUGUGUCAACGGCCCUCGCGAGACAGUGAUCAGUGGUCCUACCGAGCAAAUGAUGACAUACUCCAAGACGCUGAAAGAGGCUGGCACGAAGUGUGUCGUCCUGCCAACAGCUUACGCCUUCCACUCCAGCCAGGUAUCUACCAUCAUGGACUCACUAAGAAAAGUUGCGGAGUCGAUUACUUUCCGUGAUCCGGAUAUCCCGGUCGUUUCACCCUUGCUCCGAGCUGUCAUUAAGCGUGGUACUGUUUUCGGCCCCGAAUUCUUAGCUCGUCACGCAAGGGAGCCAGUCCAUUUUGCCGGAGCACUUGCAGCUGCUAAGAAGGAUGGUUUGAUAACCCCAACAACCGUCUUUUUGGAGCUAGGGCCUACGCCUGUUGUUUCCGCGUUUGUCAAGUCCAACCUGGGUACCGAUGUUGUUACAGCAUCCUCUCUCCGUAAAAACGAAAAUGCCUGGAAAUCAAUCACCAACGCACUCAGUGUCCUACACACCAGCGGAGCCUCAAUUGCCUGGAAUGAAGUAUACCGCGGGUACGGAUCAUCGCAUGAAGUUCUCUCGCUUCCACGUUAUGCAUUUGACCUCAAGAACUACUGGAUCAACUACACAAACAACUGGCAAUUGACCAAGGGGGAGCUGAUGCAGGCGCCAGUCAAGGCCAAGAGGCCCAAAGAUAGAAAGACGACUGCCUCAAUCCAGAAGAUCACCAAGGAAGAUAUUGGGAAGAAGACAGCCACGUUGAUCGCCGAAUCCGAUUUGAUGGAACCUGACCUCCACGAAGCCAUCUUUGGACACUUGAUCAACGGAUCUGCUCUCACUCCAUCGGCGGUAUACACCGAUAUGGCAUUAACCCUUGCAGGCCAACUCUAUCGAAAGACAGCCGAGAAACCCCAGGAAGAUAUUGGCAUGGAUGUCCGUCAUCUUGAAAUCAUCAAACCAUUGAUCGCAAAGCCUCGCGAUUCUAAGAAGCCACACAUCGUGAAGAUUACUGCCACCGCAGAAAGACCUAUCACUGCCGUCAAUGUCAAUUUCACUAGCCUCUCAGCCGAUGGUAAGACAACGGACUUGCAUGCUUCAUGCACUAUUCAGUAUGGUGAUACCAAGGCAUGGAUGAGCGAAUGGGAACGUAUCGCUUAUCUCAUUCGUUCACGAGUGAACUUGCUCGCGCAAGGUCUUGAGAGUAAGGCUACGGAAAAAAUCGGUCGCAAGGAGACUUACGAAUCGUUCUCAUCUCUGGUUAACUAUAGCAAAAAGUACCAUGGUAUGAAGGAUGUUCUUAUCGACAGCAAAAACUUCGAAGCAGCUUCGUUGAUCGAGUUUACUGCUAAGGAAGACGACGAUGACUUCGCGUACAAUCCCUACUGGAUCGACAAUAUCGCUCAUCUCUCUGGAUACGUCCUCAAUGGCUCCGACGCUGUUGAUCACGGCAAGACAGUUUACAUUUCCCAUGGCUGGGAGUCUUGUCGCGUUGGGCGUCCGAUAUCUGGUGACAAGGCCUAUCGGAAUUACGUCAAGAUGCAGCCCGGACCCAAAAACACCAUGGCUGGCGAUGUGUAUGUUUUCGAUGACAAGGAUAUAGUUGCUGUCAUUGGUGGUGUGAAAUUCCAGGCCAUCCCCCGCUCUCUUUUGAACAAACUCCUUCCACCCACCAACGGCUUCGUCCCAAUGUCAGUCCCACAAAACAAUACUCGGAAGCUGGAAGCGAAGCCUCAAAAGGUAUCCAAAGUUCAGCAAAAGCCCGCGCCUCCUCAACCUCGUCCAGUCGCUCAAAGAAAGGUUAGCCCUAUCAUCGAUACCUUUAUCAGCAUCAUUGCCGAUGAGUUGGGUAUGGAGACUUCCGAAUUGCUUGACGAAACUGAGUUUGCCGAUAUCGGGGUCGACUCACUCAUGUCACUCUCUGUCACUGGUAGAAUACGGGAGGAACUUGAUAUGGAUGUUCCAACAUCGCUUUUCACGGACAACACAACUAUAGGUGGGGCCAAAGCUGCUCUGUUGGCUCUCCGGGGUGAUGACGCUCCUGCAACAGCCGAUGCAGCCAGUAUCGAAGAAACCCCUUCAGAUGAAAGUGAAGACGAUGAGGAAGAAGAUGAAGAUGAUGAAGAUGAUGCGACUGAGUUGUCCACUGAAGUCGGAGAUUUCAACGGCGCCACUGUUAUUUCCGGUGGAGCUAUCGACAAGAUCCUCGAGAUUAUCUCCGACGAAUUAGGCACGGAGCCAUCAGAGCUCGACGAUGUUGCUGAAUUUGGCGACAUGGGUGUGGACUCACUCAUGUCCUUGUCUAUCACGGGACGUAUUCGCGAGGAACUGGACAUGGACAUUCCUUCAUCGUUCUUCACGGACAAUCCUACCGUCGGUGACGCCAAAGCUGCCAUUUCUGCAUUGGGUGGGGAGAGCCUGAGUGGCACCGUUACCCCCGACAGCUCAGGUGACAGCGCACUUGAAGAGAGCGGCGCAACAUCUAUCAAUUCGGAAGAUGAAGAGCCUGAGAAACCACUGCCGGCAGCAUCAUCUAUACUUCUGAGAGGUAACCCGAAGAACGCAGCAAAGACUAUGUUCUUGUUUCCCGAUGGGUCUGGCUCCGCUACAUCUUACUCAGUCUUCCCGCCUGUAUCUCCCUCCGUCUGUCUCUACGGCCUCAACUGUCCAUUCAUGAAGACCCCUGCAGACUAUACUAACGGCAUCAAGGGAGUUGCCCUUCAGUAUCUAACCGAAAUCAAGCGCCGUCAAAGCAGAGGGCCAUACAACUUGGGUGGCUGGUCUGCCGGUGGAGUCCUUGCUUACCAAGUCGCCUGCGAGCUGCAGAAACUUGGUGAAGAAGUCGAAAACCUGGUCCUGAUUGAUGCUCCCUGCCCUAUCAACAUCGAGCCCCUGCCCUCAGAGUUGCUACAUUUCAUGGACAAGAAGGGACUGCUAGUCAGCCAAAGCAAUUCUACAACUCCGCCAUCAUGGCUUAUUCCGCAUUUCGAGGCGAGCGUAAGAAAUCUUGCAAGCUACAAACCGGUACCUAUGGACCCAAGCAAAGCACCCAGAACGCUCAUCAUCUGGGCCCGAGAGAGUCUGUACCAGAAUCCAAAUGACGAUGGGGAGCGUUUCCCGAGAUCAGAGGAUGAGCCUUCAAGCCUUGCGUUCUUGCUUGACGAUCGCGAAGAUUUCGGAAGUAAUGGUUGGGGGCAGUUGUUAGGCGAGGAGAAUAUCUCGUGUGUGAGCACCAAGGGAAAUCAUUUCACAAUGAUAAGAGAACCAGCUGUGAGGGAGAUGGCUACAUUGUUGCGACGUGGACUUUGGGUAUUGUAA